AGGAUGAUGAGGUGCUAACACAUCCGCCAGAGGAUCAUCCCAUGCUGAAACUGCAGAUCAGAGUGAUUUCUUAAGCUGAGCUCAUUGUUUAUGUCAUGCUUUGGAUGAAGGUGUAAGACUGAGUCCAUCUCUGCUGAGAAAGACCAGUUUGGACGGGAGCAUGUAAAUGGGGUCAGGGUUGGAUGGUGAAUUUGACUACUUUUGCAUGUGUUUGCUUUCUCAGCAAAUUUAUUUUGAUAUUGUCCUUUCUUGUCUGAUUUAAUCAACAGCUCACCAGACCUCUAAAGUAAGAAGAGAGAUCGCUUCUCAAAUAAAUGUGGGGGCAUUAGGACCAGGGGAAUCCUUUGGCCAAGUCUCCCAGCUCAUGCAAUAUAUAUAGCUUACAGUUUGGGAUCCAGUGGAUCUGUGAUUACUCCUUCAAGACACAUACAUAAUCAAUCAUAUAGUCACAAAUACACUGAGAGAUGCUGCAGUUGUGCACAGUUACAGACUGUCUGCUAAUCAGUAAUGCACGGUCAGCCUGUAAUGAUGCACUCAUCCAGAAAGAUGUGGUCACUCUUUGCAUCAACGUAUCCAAGCAGCAGCCUUUUCCAUCUACGCGGGUCAGCACAUUGCGUGUGCCUGUCUAUGAUGAUCCUAAUGAAGACCUGUACAUGUAUUUUGACCACUGUGCUGAUGCCAUAGCAAGUGAGGCAGAGCGGGGAGGCCGCACAGUUGUGUACUGCAAGAAUGGACGCAGUCGCUCAGCUACAGUCUGUGUGGCCUAUUUAAUGAAACAUCAGGGUCUUUCCCUAACAGAUGCCUUCCAGGUUGUUAAAACUGCCCGCUCCGUAGUGGAACCUAAUCCAGGAUUUUGGACUCAGCUGGAGAGAUACGAACAGGAGCUGAAGAUCAGGAGACCAACACAGCCAAAAAAAUGAAGCUGUUCUUCCACUUCUCCUGACACUGACUUUUGCCUCAGAGAGGACAUUCAUCAAAGUGUGACUAAAAGUCCAUAGAGAACUUUAAAAGUUGUAUUUAUUAUUAUUUCUAUGCAGAAACCAUUUGCUGGAUAUGUCAUGUUUUGUAUAUUAAAUGUUUUAUCCUCAGGAAUGUCCCCAGCUGCACUGAUAGGCAUUUUGUUUGGUUAUUUAAUUUUUUCUGUAGUCAGGUAAAAAGCUGAAUGUAACUAUAUAAAAGCCUUGCUCUAGUACUUUCAUAUAACUCAUCUCAUUUGUCUUUGUUAAAUGUUGUCCCUGCAGAAAUCAAUUUGAACUAGCCUAAAAGGUGUUGUGCUGGUAAACUAGCUUAAAUUUAUACUUGACAGUAGCUGUAGUUAAGUUGGUGUUAAGCUGGUUUAUCUUUGCUUGUUUGUCUCCUAGCCUUAAAAAAGCUGAAAAGUGUUGAAACCCCUCUAAAACCAUUAAACAAGACCAGCCUAACUAGUGGAAACUAGACUGAUGGCCAGCUAAGACCAGCAAACCACCUUUUUCUCAGCAGGGCUGUACUGUAGCACUGUAUUAUACCCAU